AGUCAGUCAUUCUGCCGACGAACCCCCUCCCAGGAACGUGGAGCGACCCGUUCUGUCCUGCCCUGUCUCCCUCCCUGCAGGAGCGUCGAGUGUAGUUGCGUGUGUCGUGUGAUAUCCCUUCGAGUACCUGGAGUGGACGUCGCGACCCUCCGAGGACGAGGACCAUGUGGGUCAUGAACGCGAGAAGGCACGCGCUAGGCGCCUUCUUAGUGUCCUUAGUGCUGUGCCAAAGUGUUUUCGCCGCAGCAUCCUGCAAGACCGGCUGCCCAUCACCCAACAAAUCAUCCAAGUACAAGUAUGAAGCGGGAAAAGUUUACACCUACGAUCUGGACAGCUUCGUUCAAGUUCAGCUGACCGCCGAGGAAGUCGAUGCCCAGCAGACGACGCUCAAGAUCGACGGUAAGGUUGAGAUCUACGCCGCGGAAAACUGCCAGUACACGCUUAAGGUGCUGUCGUUGACGACCUUCGCGCCCGACGGCAAGAAGGCCAACUUUGGCAAUGACAUCACCAAGCCGGUGCAGUUUACCCUGUCCAAUGACGAGCUGCUGCCGGAGAUCUGCACCGAGUCUGACGAUAGCGAGUUCUCGUUGAACGUCAAGCGUGGUAUCAUCUCGCUGCUCCAGUCCGCCGAGGGCAAAAGCUUCGAGACCGAUGUGUUCGGUAUCUGCUACACGUCGUUUUCGAACUUUGUGACCGGAGGCGCUACCGUUGUCAACAAGGUGCGUGACUUGGCCGGCUGUGGCUACCGCGAGUUCUUGAGCAACAGUAUGGUCUCCAGCAUCAUCAACAGCAAGGCGGGCAUCAAGUCAACCCCGCUGUUGACCAGCAACUACAACAACCAGCAAACCAUCAAGGACGGUAUCCUGGAGUCGGCCAAGCUGAGCGAAGAGUACAAGUAUGUGCCAUUCGCGAAGCUCAACUCGGGGGCACAGGCUAAGGUUACAACCAAGCUCACCUACACUGGCGUCAAAGGAGGAGCUCCAGUGGCCCUCAAGGCCGCUACUCCACGAUCGAUCAUCUUCGAGAAUCCCAAGUCUGACUCGCAGAGCAACCUGGAAACGAUCAAGCAAGAGCUCAAAACCGUGGUCGAUUCGUACAACAACAACAACGUUGGCAAGCUUACCGCUGGUCACUUCACCGAGCUGAUCCAGCUGAUGCGUUACUCGAAGAAGGAAGACCUGCUCUCGCUGUAUCAGCAGGUUAAGGCCGGAACUGCGCACAAAAAUCAAUCCCUCGCCCGGAAGGUCUACUUCGACGCUCUGUUCCGAGUUGGCACCGGUGCCGCCGUUGAGGCGCUCGCCAAUCUGUACAAGAACAAAGAAAUCACCGAUGCCCAAGAGCAACGCCUUCUGUUUGUUUCACUGAAUCUCGUAACGUCCAUGAGCAAGCCUGCUCUAAAGGCCGCCAAGCUGCUGCUCGAAGGAAAUCCUCCACGUGAGGCGUACCUCAGCGUUGGUUCGCUCGUGCAAAAGUACUGCCAGAAAUACGGAUGCGAAUCUGCCGACGUCAAGGAAAUUUCCGACAAGUUUAUCGCCAAAAUCGGCAAAUGCCAGCCAGCUAACCGCCGUGACGAAGACAUCGUUGUUGCUGUUCUCAAGGGCAUCAAGAACUCCAACACUCUGGUCGCCCCGCUGCUCGACAAGGUUGUACAAUGCGCAUCGGAUAAGGCCUCUUCCCGCGUCCGUGUUGCUGCAUUCCAGGCUUACCCAGCUGCUUCCUGUAACAAGAAGAUCGUCAACUCGGCUCUCGCCUUCCUCAAGAACACCAACGAGGACUCGGAAAUCCGCAUCCAAGCUUACCUGUCCCUGGUUGAAUGCCCAUCGGCUGCCGUCGCUAACGAAUUGAAGGCUCUGCUGGACAAUGAAAAGGUCUACCAAGUCGGUUCAUUCAUCACGACGCACCUGGCUAGUCUGCGUGCCUCUGCCGAUCCGACCCGUGAUGCCGCUCGUCAACACUUUGCCAACAUCCGCACCACCAACAAGUUCCCCUUCGACUUCCGCCGGUACUCGUUCAACCGUGAGUUCUCGUACGCCGUUGAGUCACUCGGUCUGGGUGCUAGCACCGAUGCCAGCGUCAUCUACUCGCAGAAGGGUUUCCUGCCCAAGUCGGUUGCGCUGAACUUUACCACCGAAGUGUUUGGACAUAGCUUCAACGUGUUCGAAAUUGAGUCUCGUCAGGAUAACCUGGACCGCGUGGUUGAGCACUACUUUGGCCCCAAAGGAUUCUUCACUGGACUUGACCUGCAGUCGGCAUUCAAUGCCAUUGUCGAGCAGUACGGAAAACUUUCGCAAAAGGCUCAAGGUCGCUUCCGGCGCGGAAUCAAGGAGGACGUCAAGGCUUUUGCGAAGACUGUCAACAUGAACAACGAUGCCCUGCAAGACUUCAACCUGGACGUUUCCGUCAAGUUCUUCGGCUCGGAGCUGUUUUUCCUCAGCUCGGGUGAAAAUGUGCCAAGCACGCCCGAAGAGUUCCUGGACAGCUUCUUGGAAUGCUUCGACAAGUUCCUGGAAGGAGCGAAGAAAUACGAACGCGUGUUUGAACAGCACUCUCUGUUCUUGGACUCGGAUCUCGUGUACCCAACCGCAGCUGGUCUGCCCUUGAGACUGUCGUACGAAGGCACUGGAGUCGCACGUCUGGAAACUAGCCUGGAGGUCGACAUCAAGGAUAUCGUCAAGGACUACAAAAACACCAAGUUCAACGUUAAGCUGGUUCCUAGCGGUAGCUACGAACUCACUGGAACCCUCAGCGUGGACGCUUUCACCGUCAGCACUGGACUGCAGCUUUCUGGCACCGUGCACUCUUCCACUGGUAGCUCGGUCAACUUCGCUCUGUUGGACGGUGGUAAGGCCUACGAUCUCACCAUCGAUUCGCUGUUCAAGAAGCAGGAACUGAUCAGCUUCAACAGCAAGCUGGUGUUUGUGACUCGCGAACGUGGAAACCAACUGAUCUCUCUCCCGCUGAAACUGAAUCAGCAGGUCAAGGAGUUCAAGGAAUGCUUCGACAAUCUGUACCACCUUGUUGGCGUUACCGUGUGUGCUUCCGCUGGCCAGAAGCAGAUCCCUGGAAAGGCGCUGGUUCCGCUGGACGGUGAAUACCAAGCUGAACUGUACCUGGAAGUUGACCCCAAGUAUCACUUCACCGGAAAGUACGACGAUACAGACAAGCAACACCAGAGUGUGCUGUUGACCUUCGACACGCCCGGAUCGGAUUCAAAGCGUACCACCAGCUUGAAGCUUGAGAGCUUCUUCAAGGGUGACGCUUACAUUAAGGCUACCGUUCUUUCUCCCUUGAGAAAUGCUGACUUUACCAUUGGGCUGAACAACAACGACAAGGAAGCCGCGUUGUACGCUCUGGCCCAUAACGGACCGGAUGAGUACCUGGCCAAGAUCGGAUUCGAAAAGGCUGGAUCAGCUGAACGACAGGAGUACAUUCCAAUCUUCACUGUCAGAUCGCCAACUGGAGAUGCUCAGGUUACGAAGGUUGUUCAAACCACUGGAAAGAUUGUCGUUGAAAAGGCCGAUGGUGGUGCUACCAAGUACAACCUGGAGAACAUCGAGUGGACGAGCCCGUACGCGCCCAAGACCACCGUUAAUGGUUUCGUUACACAGAACGGACCAAGCUUCGAUACUGAACUUGCUGUUGUGGUUGGACCCAGCAAAAACAACGUCAAGGGUCAUUUGGACUUUAGCCCAAAACACGUCAACUUUGACCUCGAGAAGAAGACCGACGGAGAUGGUAGCAAGGACUUCAAGGUUAACAUGGCCGUUGCCUACACUGACCAAUCGUUCAAGAACGUAUUCGUGUUUGUUGCCGGAAAGGACUUCAACAACCCCACCAACCGUUACGAGCUGAACCAAAACGCCGAGUUUGAAAUUGAAGACAAGAAGCUGCAAUCGCUGAAGCUGUCGAAUAAGCUGCAGCUGCCAAAGCAACUGAUCCGACUGGACUUUGCCACCAGCAAGAACCUGUUCAAGCUGGACGGAGAGUACGGUUACGACAAGUACAAGAUUGCUGCCAACGUUGAUGCCAAAUACAACGAGAAGACCGCCGGAGACUACGACGUUACCGUGGGUGGAUCGCUGAACAAGCACUUCUUCAAGUUUGCUUCCAAGCGCACCGUUGAUGCCGCCAAGAGUAAGUUCCAGAACCGUCUGACCGCAAGCACCGGCACCAAGAUCGAAGUGAACGGCGUUGCGAGCAACAAGUUUACCGAACAGGAAGGCGAACUCAACCUGGAGGGACUGUUUAUCGCUGUUGACAAGGCUGACCCGUACAAGCUGACCCUGGUCCUCCAGCUUAGUCCAUCGAAUGUGCUUUCCAACGCAAAGGUUCUGAUUGGCAAGGAUGAGUUCGCAACGUACGAUCUGAAACUUGACCGUACUGAAAACUCCAAUGGCAAAUUUACCUUUGCUGUCAAGGACUUUUUCGACGGAAAUGGCGAGUUCAAGGCCACCAACGGUGCCGGUGACGGAAGCGCACUGGUAGACUUCAAGAAGCAGGAUCGCAAGCUUAAGCUGGACACCAAGUUCAAGAUCAACGCGCCAGUGUUUGACAUUGCCACUGACUUUUACUACGAUUUCGAGAAGGACAACACCAAGAAGAUCCACUUUGACACCAAAAACAAGGCCACCAAGAGCAGCUUCGACAGCAAGAACAAGCUGGAAAUCUUCUCCGAGAAGUACGAAUUCAACGUCCAAGGAGCGCAGACGGGACCGGUCACCGAUGGAACCACUAAUGGAAAGUUUUCGCUGACCCUGCCCACUGGUCGCCAACUUUCUGGAGAUAUCAAGCGUGAAGUCAACAGCAAGGAUGAGAAGAAGAGCACCGGAAGCGUUGUGGCCAAUUUGUACGACAAACUUCCUGGUGGAAAGCAGCAGACGCUUGCCCUUACUGGCUCUCUGAAGGACGGAGAUUUCAAGGCACGUUUCUUCGAUAUGGUCCAUAAUCUCAAGUUCACCAACUUUGAAGGCAAGGACAUUGAUGUUCAACUGGACACCAAACAUCAGCCGGCUGGACAUUUCAAGACAGCGGCAUUCCACGUCAAGGUCCGUGGAUCGCUUGUUCCCCAAGUGAGUGAACUCGCUGUCGAUCUGGAUGAAUACUGCGAAAAUCACGCCGUUUACCGAGUUGGCGGAAAGUACGGAAAUGAUUUCGAUGGUGAAGUCAGCGGAAAUUACCACGUUGGAAAGCCAGGAAAGGCUCAUACCCAUGAAGUGAAGGGCAAGGUGAACAUUCCUCAGGCUCCGAUUAAAUCGCUGGCGGUUGAAUCCAAGGGAAGCUACCUGGAACCUGAAGGUGACAACGGUUUGUUCGCUGUUGAAUACGCCGGUUCGUUUGGAUACAACGAUAAGGUCAUCGUGCUGAGCACCACUGCAAAGGGUAACACUAACCAUGGAACUGGAAACCUUAAGCUGAAUCUGCCGGAUGCCGAUCCAUUCGCAGCGGAAGGAUCGUACAACUACGAAGGCAAAGAAGAUGGACCGAUUGCCACCAAGGGUACCCUCAAGGUGACCUAUGGCAAGGGAAAAACUGUCGAGUUUAACGGCGAUGCCAAGGCUACUGGAGCAGAGGACGUUGCAGUGCACGCGACACUGAAGACCGACUUUGAAAAGGCUAAGAACGUCGAUCUGACCUUCAAGCACGUCAAGUCUGGCGAGCAUGCGUACAAUACCAAACUGAAUCUCGUAGCGGACGACAAUGCAUACAGCGUGGACAAUGCUGUUGUGCUGUCGGAAUCAAGCCCAUCGGUCGACUUUAAUCUGGGAUACCCGGGCAAGACUGUGAAGGUUUAUGGAGGAUUCAAGCUGCUGAGUGAUCGCGCCUUCAAGGCCGACGCCAAGGUACAGAACUUUGGAGAUUUCAAUCUGGACGCCAACGUCGAAGCCAAUUACCAGAGCUACGAAACGUUCUACGCUAAGGCAUUCGUCGACGCUCCCAAGCUGAACGCUAACAAGGUCAGCGUUGAACUGCACUCCAAGCCUGGCAACAGUGGAAAGGGUGUAGAGUUCAAGGCUUCGUCCGAUGGUAAGAACAUCCUGAGCGGAUACGCCGAUUACUCGGUCAAGGAACAAGGCAAGACCACGAUCAUCGAAGGCCAAGGUAAUGUGAAACUGUACGACAAGCAACAGACUGCGUCGUUCAAGUUGGUGCGCGAGAAACUGUCCGAAUCUGGAUAUGCUCUUAACCUGGCUGGAUCAGUUGGCAAGAACAGCAUCACCACCGAGGUACGUGUUAAGCCGAAUGACUUCCUGCUGAAGCACACGGUCUGUGACGAGAAGAAGCAGUGCACAAAUGUCGCAGUUCAGUCCAAGCUGGAACGCGCUGGUGACAAGUUCAACCACGAAGCACAAAUUUCGGUUGAUCUGCAACAGUUGGGUUAUGACCACGAAUUUGGACUGUCGGCCAAGACCCAAGGCAAUGGCUUCACGCUGGACCACACCACCGACGUCAAGCUGUCUGAGAAGAAGCAACCCAAGUACCAAUACCAACUGUUCAUCCACCCGAAUGAAGCCGGCGCUAGGCUGAUCUUGCCAAGCCGAUCGAUUGCCCUGGAAGGUAACUUCCACUACCCGAAGGAGAAGUUCGGAAAGUACGACAGCACGGUGUCCUUCUAUCUGGACAAGAAGAAUGCUCCCAACAACAAGGCCACGUUCGGAUUCACCGGUGAAACUCAACUGAUUGGAUCCGCUGGAGUCAGUGCAACUGGUGCGUUCAAAUUCUCGCACCCCACGGUGAAGGACCUCGUAAUCAGUGCCUCGGGAACAUUGGACGGUGAGAAGCAAACCGUUGACGGGCUGUUUGAGCUGGAUAUUUUCAAGAAUGCCAACGACAAGAUUGUUGCUCACGCCAAGUACAUCAACAGUGACCAGAGCUUCAAGGGCUUCAACAUCAGCUCGGAAGUCAGCGUUUCUAGCAAGGGACUCGGAUUUGACUGUGGAUUCAGUGGACACUCUGCGCUUUCGCUGGCCACCAAGCAGCUGAGCACUGCUGUCUCACUCAACCUGCCAUUCGAGGACUUCCGCUUUGGCACGUACCUGUUCGCUAGCCCCGAAGAGCUGGACUUUAUUCUGAAGCGAUUCAACGACGAGUUGGUCCGUGCUCACGGCACCUAUGACGUUAAGAAGCACAAGGCUGAACUGACAUCGACUUUCAAGUUCGUGCCCAAGCGCCCGAUCGUGCUGCAGUCCAGCAUCAACGGUUUCUCGGCUGCCAAGUUCUCCCUGAACCAGGAUAAGUUCUUCAGCAUCGAUGGAUCAUUUGCGACUGACAAGGCCGCAGUGUUGAAGGUUGUUGGCCAGGAUAACCCGAUUUUGGAUGCCAAGAUUGCUCUUGAUGCUACUCACUUCCUGUCUACCGAGUACAAGAUCAACGAGGAAAAUGCCAAGAUCUUCUUGCAAUCGUUCAACAAGCAGCUGCAGAGCGAUUUGGAAGCAUCGAAGGCGGAGUUUGAAAAGAAGUACACUCAACUUACUGCCGAUGUGAACAAGGUUGUGAACAAUGUGAUUAGCGCUCUGCCAGACUUUGGCAAGUUCCAAGCGGAUUACGCUGAACAGCUGAAGAAGCUCCAGGAGGAACUGCUGCAAGACCCGACCAUCAAGCAGUUCUUCGACUUUGUUACCAAGAUCUUCGCCCACGUGAAUGAGAUCGUUGCUCAGCUCACGCAAGUCUAUGCAGAAAACUUCAAGAAAAUCUCCGCCAUUGUUACGGAUGUCAUCGGUCAACUGACCGAAACAUUCAACACGAAGAUCCAGCCAGUGCUGAAGGAGCUGUACACCAAGUCGGAGGAAAUCGUGUUUGGCAUCUAUGAGGAAACCGUCAAGCUGGUGGUGGCUGUCUUUGAGCGAUCCGUUAAGGCUCUGAAGUCAUUCGAGGAGGAUUUCAACAAGGUUGCCAAGAACUUUACCGAGAUUUUCAGGAGCUUCGCUCAGACGUUCAAUAAGGCUAUCUUUACUCUGGAUAAGGAGUUCAAGGAUCUGUACAAGCAGCUCCAGGAAUACUUUGACUCGUUUGAUGAGUUUAAGGCCAUCAAGGAGACCUUCAAGGAGUACUUCGAUGGUAUGGACAAGUACGCGUACCAGCUGUUGAAGGAACUGCUAACCCUGGCUGAAGACUUGUACCCGGUUCCGGAGAUCAAGACGUUCACCUCUUCCGUCAACAAGUACAUCACCAGCAAGUUGGAGAACAAACCAGUGAACGAUGUGGAGGAGCUGAAGAACAUCUUCGUGAACUUUGUCAAGGCGAUCAAUCUGUUGUUCGACAGAUUCGCAUCUUCCGUGACUACCACCUUGGAUGAGCCUGGAUUCGCCGGAGGUAUUCCGUCCUUUGUGACGUUCAAGUUCUUCCCGUACAUCAGCAGUGUCAAGUUUAGCCCGCUGAACUACCUGCGCAACGAGAAGUUCUACUCGGUUCGUGACUUCCUGUAUCAGUUCCGUCCGUACGCGUGGAAUCCGUUCGCCGUUAUUCCACCGUUCACGAUGCACGGAGAAAUCGCCGACGGAAGUCACUUCUUCACGUUCGAUGGAAAGCACUUUACGUUCCCGGGAAGCUGCCAGUACGUACUCGCGUCGGACUUUGUUGAUGGAAACUUCAGCAUUGCAGCCAACGUUCAGGACGGCAAGCUCAAAUCGAUUUCUCUGAUUGAUAAGGAUGUGGUUGAGCUGAGCGACAACGGAGUGGUUACUUUGAACGGAAAGCCAACUGAUUUGCCGAUCCACAAGAAUGAUGUGCACGUCUGGAGACGGUUCUAUACCGUUAACUUGCUGACUACUUAUGGCGCUAGUGUGAUGUGUACCACCGACCUGAAGGUGUGUCACUUUACCGUGUCUGGCUUCUAUUUGGGCAAGAUUCGUGGUCUGCUCGGCAAUGGAAACAACGAGCCGUACGAUGAUUUCACUCUGCCGAACGGAAAGAUUUCCGAGAGCUCAACCGACUUUGCCAACAGCUACAAGGCUACCAAGUCAUGCGCGGCCGUUGCCGAUCCUGGCCAUGCCUCGCACGAGCACAGCAGCCCGGUCUGCUCGAAAUUGUUCGGUGCUGAUAGCUCGUUGAGAUACUGCUACUUCUUCAAGGAUCAGACCAACUUCCGUGAGGCUUGCGAGCACGCUGUCCAUGGAGCGGCAAACCCAGAUGAGGCGGCCUGCGACAUUGCGUUCGCUUAUGCUUCGGCCUGCCGAUUGGAGCUGAUCCCGGUGGAGGUUCCGGCUCAGUGCAAGAAAUGCUCGGUCAGUGGAAAGGAAAUCAGCGUGGGAGAUCAGUUCAGCGUCAAGUCGCCACAGAAGCAAGCUGACGUGGUCGUAGUGGUGGACACCUCGAUCGGAACGCUGCUCGGUGAGCUGGUACAGGCAACGAUCAACGACCUUCGCAAGGAGCUCAAAUCGAGCGGAAUCGCCGAUGUGCGCGUCAUCGUGUUGGGCUACAACCGCAACCAGAAGUACAUCAGCCUGUUCACGAGCGGAGGCAAGCUGGACUACACCGGCAAGCUGGGACAGGUCGACAUCAGCGGGCCGGAGAACUGCAAGCCGUUGGUGGUUGGCGAUGCGAAGGUGGACGAGUUCCUGAAGCAUCUGCACGAAGCUGGCGAGCGCUUUGCCGAGGAUGUGGGCGCCACUCCGGAUGCGCGCGCCUUCCUGGAAGCUCUGCAGUAUCCGUUCCGUACCACCGCCGCCAAGUCGAUCGUGCUCAUCCAGUCGGACGACACGGAGAAGGUCCCGAACCCGACUCGUGCCAUCAAGUCGCUGCUUGCCACGUUGGACCUGAAGACCAAGGGCAUCGGACUGCACGUCAUCACCCCGGUUAAGAACUUGGGCAUUACCAACAGCAAGGACCAGAAGAAGGUGAAGGAAAUUGUUGGUUUCAACUCGAAGCAGGCGUACACGCUGGCCGACAGCAAGAAGCGCACCGUCGUCGGCUCGACCGAGCUCAAGAACAACCUGAAGUACGACUCGGAUCUGCUGGUGGACCUGGUGCAGCAGAACGACGGCUUCGUGUUUGUGCUGCAGAACUUUAGCGGCCAGAAGCAGGCCAAGGACAAGAAGUCGUUCGUGAGCGUGGUGGCGUUGGCCCUCAGCGAUUACAUCUCGCGGACGGAGAUCUCCAGCGACUGCGUGUGCAAGCUGCGCAACGGACUGCACGCGGAGGGUUCCUGCGAGGCCAAGGAAACCAAGUUCCUGCCACCAUCGAAGAAAUCUGGCGGCGCCAAGGGAUAAGCUGUAACACCUAGGGGGAGAGAUGACUUUCAGUUAUAUUUAUUUACCUAAACAUUCCUCAACUAGGAGCGCAAGGAGCUGCAUCAUCAUCCAACACGCCAUUACCGCAGAACAGUCCGAGCGAUGAUGCAAUCGUAUUUUAGUACUUCAUAAUUGCGAGAACGAUAAUAAAUGAGUGACAUUUUUAUACUA